AUGUUUGCAAAAUUUGAUAAAACUGAACCAUUUAUUCCGCUUGCCGGGAGUGCCGAUGAUGGCUGGUCGACAGAAGACCAGGCAACUGCCACCUGCUACUGUGGAGCUGUGCAGUUGGCAUUUCCAACACAUGGUCCUGGACUUGUUGACACAUUUAUAUGCCACUGCACAGACUGCCAUAAAAUCACCGCAUCUAUGUUUGCAACCAAUUUUAUCAUUGCAGACACGUAUCUAAAACAUUUACGGGGCCAGGAAAUCCUCAAACAUUUUCGGCAGUCGAAAACAAUCACCUCCGGCAAAGCAAUGACAAAUUGCUUCUGUUCUUCGUGUGGUACCCUCAUGUAUCGCAUCAGCGAAGCGUUCCCGGGACACAGUAUCCUACGUACUGGAACAGUGGAUGAUUUCAAUCUCCAUGAAACUAAAUUGAAGCCAAGGGUUGAGGUGUACACCAAGGAUCGUGUGGGUUGGCUCUGCAGUGCAAACGGAACCGAUCAGAUUGAGGGGGCAAGCCUUCAUUGA